CUGGGAGAGAGAAAUGUGUUUUAUAUUCUCAAAGAUUUAACUCAGUGUGUUAUUUUGGAUUAUGCAUAUUUGUGUUUUCCACAGCACUGAAUCUGGAUGCAGGAUCUAACCAGCCCAGAACUGCAGCAAGUCAGCUGGUUUUAUCCAUUUACCCCAUAUGGCUUUUUCCUCCCUUUUUCUCUUCUAUUUGUUUGAAUUUCGAAGAUGAGCAAGAGGCAGUCGGUCAGCAGCACAGUGAGCACAGGGGAGCAGGAGGACACACAGAACAGUACAGGCAUUUUGAAAUAGAACUAUAAAAGGAGGAGAGGAAGAGGAGGAGGAAGAGGAGAGUCUGUGUUGUGUGGCAGAGUUGUGGUGUUCCCUGCUCAGUGCCUAGCAGUAAAAUGGCUGUGAUACAGAAGAGGGAACACAGGGAGAACCCCAGCCAGAAGACAGCACCCCAAGAAGCCAGAAAGGGUCUUUCUACCAGAGAUACUCUAGACAAGCAGAAAAAGGAGAGCAGAGCCGGGAGACGGAGAGAAAAAGGCAAUGAAGACACAAAGCCCAAUAAUUCAGAGAAGAGGAGAGCAGUCAUCUGUGUCCCUGCCUCCAUCAAAUCAGCUGUGAUCAGUAACAACACAACCAGUCACGCAGCAGGGCCACAGGCGCUGAAGGUUGAUGACAGGCUGAGACUAGCGAAGGAGCGGAGGGAGGAGCAUGAGAAUCAGCUUGUGUCCAGAGAGCUGGGCUGGUUGGCUCGAGAGGAGCGGGCCAGGCGUCUUUAUGAGCAGCAGCUGGAGGUGAGGAAGAGGAGGCUACAGGAGCAGAGAGAGAAGGAGGAGAAGCGAAGGACAGCUCUUGAGCGGAGGGAGGAGCUUAAGAAACAGCUUGUGUCCAGAGAGCUGGGCCGGUUGGCUCGAGAGGAGCGGGCCAGGCGUCUCCAUGAACAGCACCUGGAGGAGAGGAAGAGGAGGCUGCAGGAGCAGAGAGAGAAGGAGGAGAGGAGGCGCACUGCCGUGGAGGAGAAGAGGAGGCAGAGGAUGAAGGAGGAGACAGAGCGCAAUGAGUCUGUGGUGAAGAAGACCUUAGAGAAGUGCCAGAGGGCCAAACAGAGACUGAGCCAGGGCUCUCGAGGAAGGAAGACCAACAACAAGAGCGUUCCUCGCAGCUCUCCCCUGACUGCCUGGGAGAGGGCUCUGGUCUGUCGCCUCCUAACCCCUACAUGCUCCUACCUAGCCAGGAGAAGGAGUCAUAGUUGUCAGUCAAGAGAAGAGGAAGUUGUCCAUGUUUGUCCCCGUUCAGCUUCAUGCCACUCCAUACCUGCCACUGCCACCAACUGUCAUAAAUCACCACACUGCUCUGGCACACCUGACCACCACCGGGUGCAGGCAGGCCUCCAGGCAGACUACCGCUCUGGCACACCUGACCACCACCGGGUGCGGGCAGGCCUCCAGGCAGACUACCGCUCUGGCACACCUGACCACCACCGGGUGCGGGCAGGCCUCCAGGCAGACUACCGCUCUGGCACACCUGACCACCACCGGGUGCGGGCAGGCCUCCAGGCAGACUACCGCUCUGGCACACCUGACCACCACCGGGUGCGGGCAGGCCUCCAGGCAGACUACCGCUCUGGCACACCUGACCAUCACCGGGUGCGGGCAGGCCUCCAGGCAGACUACCACUCUGACACACCUGACCACCACCGGGCACAGUCAGACUUCCAGGCAAAUCUCCGGGCAGACUACCAGUCUAUCAUCUGGGCAAACUACCAGUUAAAAGCAGCACAGCAGAAGGAGAGUGAGAGGACGUUCAGGAGGAAUAGACAGCAGCCUCACAUACCCAAUGCUCCUGUGAAAGUGUUACCCACAAACAUACAGAGCAGAGAUGCAGUGCCCUCUCCAGAACGUAAACCUGUGAUCAGACACAAACCUGUGAUCAGACAGCCUCCAUCACAGCAGGUUGGGUUGGAACUGUACCCUGUUCCGGAGGAGGAUGGUCCUCCAGUCUCCAACCAAACCCUCUCCCCUGGGAACUCACGGCCCAGCCAGACCAUCUCUCCUUGGGCUCCAGCCUCCAAUCACACCCUCUCCUCUGGGAACUCACGGCCCAGCCAGACCAUCUCUCCUUGGGCUCCAGUCUCCAAUCACACCCUCUCCCCUGGGAACUCACGGCCCAGCCAGACCAUCUCUCCUUGGGCUCCAGUCCCCAAUCAUACCCUCUCCACCGGGAACUCACAACCAAUCAGCAUCUCAGCAGCAGCAUGGGACCAGGUCCAACCAUUCGUAGGCUCAGCAGAACCUCAGACACUCCCCACACCUAGAACUGGGGGUGAUACAGGUCAGAGUGAGCAUCUAAAAAUGCAAGGCCCCCUUCCUGGAGCCCCCUCCUGCACCAGGCCGUCUGCUGGCACCAUGGAUCCAGAGGAGGCCUCAUGUCUUCUGGCCGAGAAGAGAAGAGAGGCCCGUCUGAAGAGAGAGAGAGAGCAGGAGGAAUGCCUGCGCAGGGAGGAGAUAGAGAGAGAGGAGCUGGAGCGCAGGAGGGCAGAGGAGCGAGCACGGCUCGAGGCUGAGGCCCAGUGGCUGGUAGUGGAGAGGAGGGAGGAAGAGGAGCAGAGACAUGCAGAGGAGGAGAGAGCCAUCCGGGCCACACAGGAAGCUGCUCUCCUCCAGAAACAGAGAGAGGAGGAGGAGGCCCAGGCCAGGGACAAGGCAGAGCAGCAGAGGCUGCAGAGAGAGAAGCACUUCCAGAAGGAGGAGGAACAACGGCAGGAGAGGAAAAAGCGACUGGAGUUGAUCAUGAGGAGGACUAGGAAGACCUCAACUGAAGAUAAAAAAACGCCUGUCCUGAAUGGGAAGACAAACAGAAACCCCUCUCCAGAGGAAGCCCAAACAAAAAAGAACACUGAGCCUGUGAAGAACGGCAACGGCACUUUAGAAGAGGUCAUCAACCUAGGGGUCGGGACGGGGACCAAGCCAUCCAAUCUAGGUCUGAGUGGCGUGGAAGACAACAUGGUUCCUGUCGUGGCCUUCAAAGAAAGCAGGUCCCUGCUAACUCUGACCGGCAUGGAGGAGAUCCAGUCCCAUCAGAGGGCAGGUGAGAGCUCAUCACAUCCUCUGUCAGCUCAUCUAUACUCUCUAUGCUAUGUAGAUAUUACGCUAGAGUCGUGAACACUAGAUUCCCCCCAAAAGUCCAAGAUUUCUACCGCCAAGAGGUUAUGGGCUCUCAAUAUUCAAAGUUUGAUUCGAACCCAGAAGCAGAUUACAUAUUUAAGGUCUCUCAAUCAUUUCUUUGUAUGUGUCUCUAAGUCUAAGAUAUAUAUGUGAAUCAAGUGAUUUGAUGUUAUUAACCCAUUUCUAUC